UCACGGUUGGGGCGGUGGGGUCCGGCUGACGCAGGGUGGCCUGGCCGCCUCCGGAAAUAUUUGCUCUAGAGCCAGGAGGGACGGUUCUUCCAGCUCCCGCUGACGCAGGGAGCUCCUUGGGCCUCACGCUUCCCCUCCGCCGGCCGAUGCCCCACGGAUGGUGCCCGGUGCGGAGCAUGAGGGACCGGCUGGCCGAGCUGCGGCGGCGCGCUGCGGCCGAGGGGGAUGCGCACAACGAAGCCACGUGCUUCGACAACCCGGCGUUCGGAGGGGACGACAGCAGCCCCGUGGGGCGGGUGCUGCGGGAGGCGGCUGAGCUGUGGCGGGCGCUGGAGCGGCUGGAGCAGCUCUCGGAGAGUGUUGAGAGGACGCAGCAGGCGCUGCUGUGCUGCACCUCGCGGGAGAGCAGUGCCUGGGAGAAGCGGGGGCUCAGCGUCGCCAGAGCCGCCUUUGCCCGCGAGGCCGUGGCCCUGCAGCCCCGGCUGGGCUCCCUGCCCCUGGCACCGGGGUCAGGGACGGGGCGAGCAGGUCCCCGAAUCCACCAGACGCAGCUGUGGCUGCUGCUGCGGCGGUACCGUGCUGUCCUUGCCCUCCACUACGCCCGUGAGAGCCACUACCGGCAGCGGCUGAAGGAGCAGAUUGAGCGCCAGGCGGAGCUGGCAGGUGUCGAGCUGGGGACUGAGGACUUAGAGCAGCUGGCCGAGAGCCCCGAGGCACCUCGCAUCGUGGGCCGGGACCUGGAGGAGCUCAAGGCCAAGGAGAACUUGAGCUUGGCCCAGGUGCGCCAGCGGCAGCUGCUGGAGCUGGAGGCGCAGCUGGCGGAGCUGCACGGGCUCUUCCUGCGGCUGGAGGGGCUGCUGGCCGAGCAGCACGGAGCUGCCGACAGCGUGGAGCUCCACGUCCUGCGCACCCUUGACUACGCCGCUCAGACCGGCGACGAGGUGAAGAAAGCCUUCGCCUACCGGCGGCCGUCGCGGCUCUCGGCGCUGCUGGCGGCCGCGCUCAGCCUCUGCGCCUGCUGCGCCUGCCUGCCCGGCCCCGGCGGGACCCUCCGACGGGCCUGAGGACUCUACAGCAGCUCUCGUGGAUUUUCCCCAUGCCUGUGCAAGAAAUGGUGGCCUCAGAGCCUGUUGCUGUCCUCUGAUUCUUGCAUGGCAGUGCAGGGACCACUCGCACCGUGGGAAAUGGUGUGGGGACUGUGCACACCUU